AUGGUUUUGACCAAGAUUGCAGAGCUUGAUCUCAACGAAUCCGUCCCAGAUCAGGUUGCCAAGUCAAGCAUCAGAAGCAUUAUCAUCAUUGGAAAAGACUUCGGUACUACCUUCUCCGGCGUGGCUUACACAUGGUCGACCAAAGGAGACAAAGUGCAGGUCAUUACAAGCUGGGACACCGACAACUACUCUAGCUCCAACGAGGAAAAAACUCCAAGCGCCCUGUCAUUUCUGGGCGAAGGCCAGGUAAACUGGGGGUACUCUGUUCCCAAAGAUGCUGACCAACUCAAAUGGUUCAAGUUGUUGUUGCUCGACGAGGAAGAUCUUCCCGAGGAUGUUAAGGCCUCCAGUCGCAUCUUGGAGGCACGCGCCUACUUGAGGAGCCAUAACAGAACACCCAUUGAAGCUAUAGCAGUCUACCUACGUUGCCUGUGGAAUCACUGCAUCCAACGCAUCACAGAAAGUGUCAGCAAAACCCUUGUAAAUUACUCAAAAUUCCAUGUGGUAAUGACGCUUCCCGCAAUCUGGCCCGACUACGCUCGUUCUCGCAUGAGAGAGGCGGCCAACAUCGCUGGUAUCCUAGGACCCAGAGCUGCUGGAGAGACUGAACUCACGUUUCUGUCAGAGCCCGAAGCGGCAGCCAUCGCAACUUUUGCUGAUAUGGAAGGAAGACAGGAUAUCAAGGCCGGAGAUACUUUUGUUGUGGUCGACUGUGGAGGAGGUGGACUUUGCGGAGCAGUAUUUGUGGACGAGGCAUUCGUCAACAUGCUCAAGGACAAGAUGCAGCCAAAGAAAUGGGAUAUGUUAUCAGCUGAGACUCGCCAACGUCUGAUCCAUGACGAAUGGGAGCAUGGCAUCAAGCAGAGAUUCGAUACCAAGUCCAACAAGACUUGGUCUUUCAAUCUUCCCUGGGAGUGCUUGGCCCCCGAGGAGCGCCUUACGGUCACUUCGCUCCCAAAGGUCACAUUCACUUCCAAGGAAAUUCAAGGGGCAUUCAAUCCCGUGAUUUACAAAAUCAAUCGGUUGAUACACCGUCAGGCCUUGGCUGUGAUGAAGAAGCACAAUGUCUACCCAAAGUACGUCAUCCUCGUUGGUGGAUUUGGCAGAUGCAAAUAUCUGUUUGAGAGGGUCAAGACUAUGAAAAAUCAUCUGCUCAGUGAAGACAUAGAGGUGUUGCAAGCAAGGGGUGCCGACCCCUGGACGGCAAUUUGCCGUGGUGCUGUUUUUCAUGCCUCGGCCUCAACUGGGAUUGGUGGUAGCUCCAUCAAGAUUGGUGCCAGGAUCUCGCGUGCGAGUUAUGGUACCAGUUAUUUUACCGACUGGGAUCCCCUUAAGCACCAGGAGGGUGAUAAAUUCUGGUCUGACAUUGAGCAGAGGUGGUGCGCCAAACGGCAAAUGGACUGGUUCCUUCUAGAGGGCGAGGACAUUUCGACCAAGAAACCGAUCAAGAAGCAGUUCUUCAGAAUCUUUUCCCCCGAUGAAAAGUGUACGGCACUCAGGGAAACGAUCUAUUUGACCACCAUUUCUCCUCCCCCGGACCGGGUUGAGUCAACUGUCAAAUUACUUUGCUCGAUCAACUGGGAUAUGGUCGUCGAUAUCUUGUCACUGCCAACCCGAACUAACUCACUGGGCAAUGUUUACCACGUGAUGAGUUUUGAGAUCGAGAUGACUUGCUCUGGCUCUUCAAUUGACUUCGCGGUCAUAUACAACGGCAAGCGCCAGGGGUCAAAGAACGUGGCGGUUGAGUACAGCACCCGCUAG